GCUGUGAACGAAGGUCGCAUAGCACAACAAAAUGCUCAUCAAUCGAUGGCUGCAAUCGCCGAGAAUAUGAACCAAAUUCCGCGAUCGAUUGAAGUCAUUCUCGAACUACUGAAUCAGCAUUCAUCAGAGCAAAUUCGAUUCCAACUCCCAGCACAAGUGAACAAAAUUCGAUGCACAGUCGAAGAUUCAAUAAAAAAUUCGCACUCCCUUGAGCUACACUUUCAUAAGGCAAUGCGACUGAUGAAUGAUCGCAGGAAAAGUAUUGGUCGUGCCGGAUUUGAACUGUUGGGUGAAGUGAAACUGUUUUGGUCGUCAGUGAUAUCGUUUUGUGAGGAACUCAACAAACUCAUUCACUACACACUCGAUUCAUCGACGAAUGCAUUCAACUCAAUAUUGCGUACACAAUACGAAAUUGCACAGAAACAGAAUAAAUUCUCACUCAAACGCAAAACACGAGAAGAGAUAUAUCACUCAAGUUUGGCUAUGAUAGCGUAUGCAUGGGCAGUACGACACCUAGCAAAUGCGUACAUUCACUAUUCGAGUCAGUUUAUCAUGCCACAGAUCAACGUCAUCGCUCGUUAUCCGUUGAUCGCCACCAAUAAGAUUGAAUUUGCGAAGGCGCAACAACAGUUCAGAGAGCUGAAUAUGGCUUGUGAACAAGAGACGAACAAAAUGGUUGGUAUAAACAGCACCGAGAGCAAGCGACGAUCAAUUCUAAAGAUGGAUAUGGGUCUGAACUUGAAUCUCAACGAGAUUGGACGAGAUAUUGAUGAAAUCAUUCAACCAGUGGCUGAAUUCAGAACCGGAAAAUUGCAAUUUAAUCAUGAAUUUGAGUUGGAUAAUCAGGAAAGAUCCAUGAUGCUGACAAAUGAAAGACGUUCGCGAGAAGAACAGAAAAACAAAUUGAAAAUGGAGAAGAAGAGAGUCAAAGAGGAGGAGACUAUAAAAAAAGAGCGGCAUAAGAGAGAAAAAGAAGAAGUGGAGAAAAGGUUGAAAGAAGAGAAUAAACGAAUCAAAGAGGAGACAAAGAAACGUAAGCAGCAAGAAAGAGAACAACGAAAACAGCUGGACCGAAGCAAUUCCGAGCGGAAAGCCUCCUGGAACAGAUCCUCAUCAACACGUUCAGGUUCUCCACAAUCACCCCAAUCGCUUCAGUUCGAUCUUUCUCUACCG